AGUCAGCUCGAUUCAGAGAAGGGCAGAAAUCUCUACUAAGCAUGUUGAGUUUAAGGACGAAUACUGGCAGGAUAUCCCAAAACAUAUAGGAAGCAAGUGUUGUUCUUAACUUGUAGAAUACAACGAGAAUGAAUUCUUCUUUAUGAAGAAUACCGAGCUCUCUCGAGAGCUAGGUAUAGCCAAGAAGAAGAUCGCAGCGUUAUAGAAAGCAAGCUUAAAGUCCAAAGAUAUGCAUUUGAGGAAAAGAUUAAGAAUAUGAAGCAGAUUAUUAGAAAUAAGAUUAUGGCAGAAGCCACUCUAAAAUCAAAAUCAAUGCAAGAAUUGUUCAUCAAAGAAACAAACAACAUGCUUAUCGACUACAGAUUUCAAAGAACUGAAUUGCUCCAAAAAGACCAUGCUGUGUCCAAGCUCAUUCAGAUAAUAAUUAACCAGGAGAGGUCACUAGAAUCAACUAGGAAAGAACUUGAGGAUCUUAUCACCCAGAACCCGUUUAUCUUAGCAGACUCUAUUGCAGAUGUCCGUAAGAAGUACCAAGCGAGAAUUAGAGACAACCCGUUGGCGAUAGGAGAGGAAGAUUUGAAGAAGAUGAGGAGGACUCAACUGGAGCUUAACCAAGUUAGGAAGGAGUUUGAAGCUCUUAGAGCGGUGUCUGAACUUACUGUUCAAGAUUGGCAAAAUGCAAAUUCAGCAGUGAGACAGUAUAAGUAAGGUUAAAAGGGUGCCCAGGGGGGAAGGAGGGGUUAAGGUGUGUAGGAAGGAGAAUGAGAGGAUUAAGAAGGAAAUGAGCAAGGUUGAUGGAAUAGCAAAUGGGAAAAUUAGGAAAAUUGAGGAAGAAUACAAAGCAAAAUUCGAAGCCCUAAUGACUGAGAAAAAUAGAUUACAUGACUGAUUCAAAAAUGAGAUCAAGCUCAAAGACCUUAUCAUCAAAGUACUCUUCCCUUUACCCAUAGAGGCAUAAAUAAGUACACUAAAGUUCUUCAAAGUGAGUUGAUAUUAGCAAAAGAGAUAAUCAAAAAUCCAAAUUAUUUUAAUAAAGUGCACACCGAAAUGAAAUACAAAAGGGUUGAUCUAUCAAGGAUCCAGAAAGCAACUGCUACAUCCCCUCAGAAUAUCAGAGCAGCUGGUAGAAGACAGGCAUCGGUUGAUCUGAAUAAACCUCUUAAAUUUAACUUUUCAAACAACAAAGUGACCCUAUCACCCCAGCCAAUUUCACUAAAGACUAGAAAUUUCGCUUUCUGCUCUACCCUUAGA